AUGUUGUUACUGCCUCUAUUGGUUGCUUUGCCAGGCUUGAAUGUAGUCGAGAGCCGAAAAACACUGGCUGUGGAGCACUAUGUUGAGUACUGUGCUGUGAGCUGCAGAGCUUACAGUGCCUCAGUGACGGAGUUUGGAGCGGUUGGCGAUGGACAAACUUCGAACACGCGGGCCUUUCAGACGGCUGUAGAUCAUCUGAGUCAGUACUCGUCGAACGGCGGGUCUCAACUUUAUGUUCCACCAGGAAGAUGGUUGACUGGUAGUUUCAAUCUCACCAGUCAUUUCACUUUGUUCCUACACAAAGAUGCAGUCAUUCUUGCCUCUCAGGACGAAAGUGAGUGGCCGGUGAUUGAGCCCUUACCGUCUUAUGGUCGAGGGAGGGACACUCAAGGCGGACGAUAUAGCAGUCUAAUUUUUGGAACCAACCUCACUGAUAUAGUCAUAACAGGGGACAAUGGAACAUUAGAUGGACAAGGUGAAGUGUGGUGGCAAAAGUUCCAUAAGGGGGAGCUUAGCUAUACCAGGCCUUACCUGGUUGAAAUCAUGCACUCAGAUGAUAUUCAGAUAUCGAAUCUGACUUUGGUUAAUUCUCCAUCCUGGAAUGUUCAUCCUGUUUAUAGCAGCAACAUUGUUGUUCGAGGCAUCACAAUUCUCGCUCCUGUGAAUUCGCCAAAUACAGAUGGGAUCAACCCUGACUCUUGCACGAACACGCGGAUUGAGGACUGUUAUAUAGUGUCCGGGGAUGACUGUGUGGCUGUGAAAAGUGGUUGGGAUGAGUAUGGUAUAGCUUAUGGAAUGCCAACUAAGCAGCUGAUGGUUAAAAGACUCACUUGCAUUUCUCCAACCAGUGCUGUGAUUGCUUUAGAAGAUUAG